GAACAGAGCGCGUAUCUGCCAUUGGCUUAACGAAAAGGUGUACUUGUAUGCGGCGUGGCUGCCACGCCGCUCCAUUCGACAGCAAUGGCGAAUGCCGCCGGUUUGUUUACCAACCUUAAGGUUAGUUUCUGUGACGCAUUUCACUGGCUGCUUCAGGGUUUGUCUGCUAUUGUCACUGGCGGUGCGUCUGGCCUAGGUCUUGCUACAGCCAAAAAGUUACUGAACAGCGGAUGCAAAGUCCUAGUAUGUGAUAUACAAAAAACGGAUGGCUUUGGGGAAAUCGAAAAACACUGCUUGUAUCAUCACACUGACGUGACUUCCGAGACGGAUGCAGCAAAUGCAGUUAAUUUGGCGAAGAAAGAGUUUUCGAGGCUUGAUGUUCUUGUAAAUUGUGCCGGUGUGGCAUAUGCUUGCAAGACAUACAAUAUGAGAACGCGAAACCCCCAUCCGUUAGACAUGUUUGAAAAGAUCAUCAAGGUUAAUACCAUCGGUACUUUCAACAUGCUUCGGCUGGCCGCCUUAAAAAUGGUCGAAAAUGAUCCCGAUGAAGACAACUUGCGUGGUGUGAUUGUGAACACAGCCAGUGUGGCAGCUUACGACGGGCAGAUCGGACAAGCCGCGUACUCUGCCAGCAAGGGAGCUGUGGUCGGAAUGACUCUACCCAUCGCACGCGACCUGGCUCGCGAGGGAAUCCGUGUGGUCACGAUCGCACCAGGCUUACUCAACUCUCGGACCAUCAUGGGGCAUAAAAGUUUUCGUGACGAAACGUUGUGCUAUCUUAAUGACGUUCAGUUGGCUGUAUCCCGUCUCGGAUCUCCCGAUGAGUAUGCACACUUAGUCGUCCAAGUGAUUCAAAAUCCCAUGCUCAAUGCAUCCGUCGUUCGCUUAGACGCAGCCGGAAGACUUAUCUAUUUGUGAUUUCCGUUCUCUUUGUAUUUGUUGUGUACUUUUCUCCAGAUGCACUACAACCUUGUAUAGCUGCUUUUCUGAAAUUCUCUCCACCCCAAACGUCACAGGUAUCUUUGAGACUCCUAUGCUCGACGGCCUACCCUCCCGCGCGCAUUUGAUUAAACUCGCUCUCAGUCCGCAUCGUUUGGGCAAGCCAGAAGAGUUUGCUCACCUUGUCGAGACGGUGAUUCAAAAUCACAUGCUCAACGGCGAGGUGAUUCGUCUAGACGCCGGUGCACGCCUACCUCCUUGACACCACGAUUUAUGUAUUGACUCUAGUUUAGCGCCGCUUUUCUUCUGUACUCCAGUGGCUUAUCUGAUCAGAUUUUCAACUGCGAUAUUUUUCGUGCCAGAAUUACAGCGCUUCACUUGAAACCGGUCUCGUGAUUUGAGGACUUUUCUAUUCCGAUUUUUAUGCACAGUGAAUAAACGGUACACAUUCGC